AUGGUUCCCCUAAGCACUGAAAGAGCCUCAUCAUCAGUACCACCAUCAUCUUCCACUUCUCUAAGACCUCGAUGGAUACAUGAUGCUUUCCUCAAUUUCCAAGGUGAAGACACCCGCAAGAGUUUUACCGAACAUUUAUACACUGCUUUAGAAAAGAAAGGCAUUAUCGCCUUUAAGGAUGAUGAGAAACUUGAGCAAGGAAAGUAUAUUUCUAAAGAUCUCUUGAAAGCAAUACGUAAAUCCAUGUACGCCAUCCCCAUUAUCUCAAAAAACUAUGCUUCCUCAAGAUGGUAUGAAGAAGACCCUAAUAUUGAUAUGGAGAAGAUGCAAACGUGGAGAGUUCCUUUGAAAGAAGUGGGCAACAUAUCCGGAUGGUAUGAAUCAACAAUUGUCCAAGAAAUCAUUAAAAGGAUACUUCAAGGAUUGAGUCGUAACAUUUCAACUCUUUCCAAGGACCUUGUUGGAAUUGAAUCCCGUGUGGAGGAAAUGAUGAACAUACUUGGUAUUGGAUUGGAUGAUGUUUGCUUUAUAGGAAUUCAUGGUAUGGUCGGAGUGGGUAAGACAACUUUGGCAAAAGUCAUUUAUGAUAGAAUAUCUUACCAAUUUGAAACUAGCAGCUUUUUUGCCAUCCUUUAUAAUGUGGACAGAGAAGAACAUCUAACAGCAUUAGCAGGAAGCCAUGAUUGGUUUGGUCCAGGGAAUAGAAUCAUUUUAACGAGCAGAGAUAACCAUCUAUUGAAAAGACAUGUAAUGAAUGAUAUCUAUAAGGGAACUGACAUGAUUGAAGGCAUAGUGCUAAACUUACCUAAUCAAAAUGAGGAACGAUUCAGUGUUAGAGCCUUCUCAAAGAUGAAGACAUUGAGAAUUCUUAAAAUUCGCAACACAAGUUUUGUCAACAUGAGUUUUUCUAAUCUCUCUGAUACGUUAUUGAAUCUACAUUGGCACAGCAGCCCUUUAAGAUUCAUGCCAACACAUGGGUUACGGGUCUUAGAAUGGUCUGAAUAUCCUUCAAAAUCCUUGUCAAACAGUUUUCAAGCAGGCAAUCUUAUUGAACUUAGAUUUCCAUGCAGUCACAUUAAGCAACUGUGGAAGGGAAUUAGUGUAAGGUGUUUUCUUCUUGUUCUUCUUUCUACUAAUGACUUCACUGGAGUCCCAAGUCUUGAGACACUAGAGCUUAAAGGUUGUACAAGUUUAUCUAAGGUCCACAAAUCUGUUGGUGUUCUCAAACGGCUUAGACAAUUGAAUUUACAUGCUUGCAAACACCUUAAAAGCUUUCCAAAUGAGAUUAGCUUGGAGUCUCUUGAAUAUUUUUAUCUUUCUGAUUGUUCAAGAUUUGAGAAGUUCCUAGACAUUGUGGGAAACAUGGCUUCAUUGCGGUUACUUUAUUUGGAUGGUACUGCCAUAAAGGAACUACCCCCAUCAUUUAUGAGUUUAUGCGGCCUUUCCAUAUUGUCUUUACAUAAUUGUAAAAAGCUCUCAAUUUUUCUGAGAGUUAUUUGUAGUUUGUCAUCUCUUAAAAUUUUGGAUGUAUCUAAUUGCCUAGCACUUGGUGGAAUUCAAGACAUGAAUGGUGAGGGGUAUCUAGAACAAUUGUAUAAAGGUGGAACUGCUAUCAAAUUCACUAAGCUUUUUGCAAUGCCAGAGUUUGGCUCAAAUGAUGCUUGCUUUACGCAAGAAAUGUUUAUGACCAAUGAUGACUCUAUUGGGGCCUUCUAUAUUGGUUUUGAUGACAGAGUCUACUACAUUAGAAGCUUGAAUCAUGAAGAAAGUCCUCUAAAAGAACCCUUAGUCCUUCGUGCCCCCGAAGACCCUUCUGUAGGGCCAAUUGGAUUUGGGGUGUAUCUACCAGCCAAGUGGUUUUUGGAGCAAUCAAAUAAUUUGGAUGGAUGGAGCUACAUUGGAGCAUCAUUUAAAACAAGUAGCUCGAAUGUGAAGGUGAAAGAGUGCAGGGUGCUCCUUCUAUCUCAACAUCCUAAUCCUGAAGAAUAUAAUCCUCGUGGUUAA